AUGGCGGUCUUAUACAGGGUCCCCAUUCUUCUCUUUGUUCUCUCUCUCUUACUUCUUCAUGGGUAUGCACACAAAAGUGCUGGUGAUGGUGGAGAAGCCCCUGAUGCUGAUGAAGAGAAAGGGACAGAUUUUUCUAAUGUUAAAAAGUCGAAUAAUGUUGAAGCAGCCAAAAAUGAAGCUGGGACAGAUUUUUCUAAUGCUAAGAAGUCCAAUAAUGUUGAAGCAGCCAAAAAUGAAGCUGGGACAGAUUUUUCUAAUGCUAAGAAGUCGAAUAAUGUUGAAGCAGCUAAAAAUGAAGCUGGAACAGAUUUUUCUAAUGCUAAGAAGUCCAAUAAUGUUGAAGCAGCUAAAAAUGAAGCUGGGACAGAUUUUUCUAAUGCUAAGAAGUCAAAUAAUGUUGAAGCAGCUAAAAAUGAAGCUGGAAUAGAUUUUUCUAAUGCUAUGAAGUCCAAUAAUGUUGAAGCAGCUAAAAAUGAAGCUGGGACAGAUUUUUCUAAUGCUAAGAAGUCCAAUAAUGUUGAAGCAGCUAAAAAUGAAGCUGGGACAGAUUUUUCUAAUGCUAUGAAGUCGAAUAAUGUUGAAGCAGCUAAAAAUGAAGCUACAGGGACAGAUUUUUCUAAUGCUCUGAAGUCGAAUAAUGUUGAAGCAGCUAAAAAUGAAGCUGGGACAGAUUUUUCUAAUGCUAUGAAGUCGAAUAAUGUUGAAGCAGCUAAAAAUGAAGCUACAGGGACAGAUUUUUCUAAUGCUAAGAAAUCAAAUAAUAUUGAAGCAGCUAAAAAUGAAGCUACAGGGACAGAUUUUUCUAAUGCUAAGAAGUCGAAUAAUGUUGAAGCAGCUAACAAUGCAGAUCCAUUAAAGUAUUAA